AUGAUAAAAUUCUUCAGAAUGAAAUCAUCAAAACCAACAAAUGGUAAUGAAAACAACCCUGCUUAUUUCAUAAAUAUAAGAAAUUAUAAAGUUUAUGAACAAUCAAUAUUCUUAGCAUUAUUAAAUCAAUACUUUGAUAUAACUCUAAGAUUGCCGAUAAAACAAGCAAAAGUAUUUGAACAAAUACUAGUUGUUGAUUCAAUAUCAAGAGAAGAAGAUUAUAUUGAUGUAGUUUGUUUUAUAGACAAAAGAUGUUCUGAAAGAUACAAUUUUGAUUUAACCCAUGGAAUAGCGAAAAAAACUUGUCAACGGCGGUUUGAAACAAAUAAACUAACUGAGUCACUUCAUUUUCUUUCAGAUAUCAUAACAGAAUUUGGUUAUGUUCUUGAGAGAAGAAAUACAAAAGGAAAAAAAGGGACUUUAAAAUGUGAUUUGAUUGAUAAGAUAUUCCUAAACAAUAAACUCCUUUUUAAUAAGGAUGACAUUAUUAAAAAAGGAAAAAUUAUUAAUCAAUAUCUUUGUGAGUUAUUUGUUUCUAGUAGGAUCACUGUGAAAAAGAAUGAUCUCUUUUUAUCAAAAACUGGAAAUAAUGGAAAGGGAACUUAUAAAAUAAAACCGAACCAAAAAGUUAAGAAAGAAGAACCCUACGAAUUCAUGUCUGAAGAAAAUUGCCUUCCUAAAACAUCUAUAAAUAAGCUUAUUAAAGAAAAUUUAUCUAAUUCUAUUCGUGUCUCAGCUGAUUUUAGAGAUGUUGUUGCUGAUUGUGGUGUUGAAUUUAUUCAUAUCAUUGCUGCUCAAGCAAAAGAUGUAGCAGCUAAUACAAAUAGAAAAACAUUAAGUACAGAUCAUGUACUAACUGCUCUUUCUGAUCUUGGACUUGGAGAUUAUAAUGAUGAAUUAAGAGAACUUGUAGAUUCUCAAUUAAAAGAAGUUAGUAAAAAGCCUCAAGAACCUGAAAUGUCUCAAGAAGAAAAAAUAAGAAAACAAAAAGAAUAUGAAAUGAAUGCAAGUAAAAAAAUAGAAGAACAGUAUGGAAAAGAAGCCUUUCAGGCUUUAAUGUCAUCACUUGAUCGAUCAUGUGGAAAUGAUUCAAGCAAUAUAACUAAUAUUGAUGGUUUAAAUUAA